AUGGAAUCAGAAGUGACCGUCAAAGGAACUUUCACUGUUAAUGAAAUACAUCCCUGCUAUGAUAAUACAAGUUAUGUCUUUACAAGCAACCCUUCCAUUCCAUGUGUAUUAGUAUAUAUUUUCCUUGGUUUAUUAUCUGUCACCACAAUAUGUGGAAACCUCCUUGUAAUAAUCUCCAUCAUUUACUUCAAACAGCUCCACACCCCUACAAACUACCUUAUUUUCUCUCUGGCUGUAGCUGACCUCCUCGUAGGAGUUUUAGUUUUUCCUUUCAGCAUGACAUUCACUGUGAGCUCUUGUCUGUAUCAUGAAGAUUUAUUAUACAGAUAUUAUGCUGUUUGUCAGCCUCUGACAUAUAGAACUAAAAUGAAUGUUCAUGUUACUGUGGUCAUGAUCGUGGUGAGCUGGGGGGUUUCUGCUUUAAUUGGAAUUGGCAUCAUAAUUGCGGGAUUCAGCCAAGGAGCAUGUGAAGUAAUGUGCUCAGUUGAUGUUGUAAUGGCAAAUACUAUGGGACCUGUUCUCUCAUUUUACCUCCCAGCCAUCAUAAUGCUCUGUAUCUACCUGAAGAUUUUUCUUGUUGCUAAGAAACAGGUAAAUAACAUCCAGAACACAAUUUGUCAGAGCACAAAGUCUGGAGCAACUGCCAGUAGGAUGGAGAGAAAAGCGACUAAAACUCUGGCUAUAGUUAUGGGAGUUUUUCUUUUAUGUUUGACUCCUUAUUUUCUUUAUAUUAUCUUUCAGCCUUUAAUUUAUAAUCCCCCACCAGUUUCAGUAAUUGAAACACUCAACUGGCUUACACUGUCAAAUUCAAUGCUGAAUCCAUUUAUUUAUGCUUUCUUUUACAGCUGGUUCAAAUCAGCUUUCAAAAUGAUAAUUUCAGGGAAAAUAUUUCAAGAGGAGGCUGUUACAGGAGACCAGACGGGAGGUGAUGAAGGCGUGGAUGAGGGUUUCUGCAGCUAUGGAGCAGAGGGCUGGACGGAGACGGGCGAUGUUUUUAAGAUGGAAGGCAGUCUUGAGCUGCUUGAGUGA